AUGUCUCAACGUCAGCUCUCGCGGACUCUACCGAAGAACUUCACCUUUCCAUCUCUGAGCGCGGACGAGCCCAAGACCCCCGAACGCCCAUCGACCCACAUCGACGUUCCGCCUCCACCGCGUCAUUCAUUCUCCAGUUGCCGUCUUCCUCGCGUUCGCGUUCGCUCUGGCACUGAUGUUUGCGCGCGUAUGGACCUGGAUCUCUUCCGCUUCCAGGGUCGCCCCGAUGUCCCGUUGCCCUCGAUCGAAGUGGGUCAGUCAAACGCGCCGGAGUUGUCUCCCGCAGCGCAACCCUUCAACGAUCAACGCUACCUCGCCCCUCCACGCCAACGAAUGGUUUUCAAGACCCCUCCCGCUCAGAUCCGCGGCGCUUCAUUCGACUCCGGCGACGAAUUACAAGCGUGGCCCUCUUGGGACCAAACUCCUGGACAUCAUAUUGAGCGCCCGGGCUCGGCGUGUUCGAAUCUCUCCGAUUCAUCUGUCGAGUCCAUCGAUACUCUUGCAUCGCGUCCUUCUGUAGGAGGGAGCUGUUCUAGUGUUGAGAGCGAUAUUUUCGAUGCUUACUUCCCUCUUGAAUUUUCCAAGGAGACGGAGAUGUCGUCUCCUACUUUGCCCAAGAAGAAUGUCCGUCGAUCUCAGGUAAAGGAGAAAGUCUUCUCUCGUGAGAUGGAUAAUCAUCUGUGGAACACCUAUCAGAUGUAUCUGCAAGACCCUACCAUGACUCCUUUCAAGAUGACACCAGGUAGCAUCCCACCUUUGGGAGUCACCUCGCGCGUGGCUCGCCGAGCUAAGAAGACUUGGGAGAACAAGAAGCUCCGCAUGGGUCAGUCGCUGUUCAUGAAGGCCUCAGAUCGUAGCGGCAGCUCUACCCCCAAGGCUAUGGAUGACAGCAAGAUGGCUUGGCCCAAGUCUGAUUCAAAGACCCGUCACCGCCUGAAGAUGCUGUGUCGCCGCAAGUUCUCGAUCAUGCCUCAUUACCAGCGCAUGAUGCAGUCUUGCAGCCCAGAGCCUGCAGCGGACAUGGUUAAUCCCCCCUACCAUCCCAACAGCUCUACCGCCUAUGGCACUCGGGACCUCGGUGCUUCUCUUGUCACCCCGUACGACCCGACUCCGUUGACUCAACUUGCCGAGGAGCCUGUUCCUGAACCGAAGAAUGAAUGGUUCAAUAACCCUGUGCAAAGCCAUGUCGAGAACCACGUUGUCCAGGCCCCUAAUCCCCGUCUUAAUGUCGAACCAUCCAACAUCCCGCGCUUGGGAUCGCCAUUUGUCUACAGUACCUGGGGUCCUGGCGAGACAAACUCACUCGUUGAGGGUCUCCCUAUCGCUGCUCGGCGCGAGACAAUGCCCGCUCUGACUCGGCCUCGCCGCAACACUCACUUUGACAUGACUCCUCGGGAGCAAGAUGACGUAUUCUCUCCCAAGGCGCACAUUAACCGAGACCCCUCCGACGAAGAGGUUCACCACCGUUUGAACACCUACCUCCGCGACAACAAAGUUCAAGACAUUGGCCAUGGCCGGGUCCGCCUCCGUAGCCGCGGUGCUACGACUAGUGCUGCCGACCGUUCUCGGGAUGUCAGUCAGCUCUUCUCACCCCCGUCGUCCCUUAAAUCUCCUCAGAUUGAGCCUGAGGAAACAACACCCAUCACCAAGCCUCCUCUCAACCCAUUGUUGAACCUUGGUGGUGAGCAUAUCAAACGCUUGGGCUCGCCUUUCAAAGUCGAAGGUCAGUUCAAGCGACGCACGACUCCUGGACGAUUCAUUCGACACGCGCCUUCGCUGUCUGAUCCAUUUUCAAGCGGUGGCAUUUCAACCUACCCAGGUUCCAUGAAUCCUUCUCCCAUGCAGGAGCAGGACAGGCCUCAAGGACCCCCUCCUUCUCUGCAAAAUCCCUUUGAGGAGGGCCUUUCGGAUGCCGAAAGAAUCCGAAGGCAGAUCUUGAGCAUGCCUUUCUUGCGCAAUUAA